CUGCAAUACGACGACAGCGAUUAAACUGGAGAAACAAGCAAGCCACUGACUGAAGCCACUUGCACCGACUGCACUGCCAGUGACUUACUUGACUGACUGACGAGCCUCCACCAGCUGCAACACCAACUCUUCGACACAACAACUCAUUCAUUGUAUUCAACUCAUCCAUCCACUGCACGACGGAGCCAGUCCGUCCUCGACCCGCGCUGACCACCCUUUGGCUUGCUCCUUGCCUUGCUUGUUUGCACUCUCACUUCUUCAAUGGACGCGCUCUUGCCUGCAUCAUUCGACCCCGAAGCAAAGUGCCAGAACCGUCUCUAAUUCAAGGCUACCUCACUACCGGCCGCCCCCUUCAACACGCACGAUCCUGUAACGCGAAGUUUCCGUUGUGUUGCCGUCCAACUGCGCUGUCCUGCCCCGUCCUGGACGAUGAGGAAUUGACGAACCUACAAACCUACGCUACGAUUGUAUCCUACACCACGAACCCCGUCAAAGCACAAACAAAGCGGUCCAUCCUCGGCGUCGAACCUAGUGAUUUACUCUCACAUCAACACCUUUACAUUCACUCCUACCAACACAACGCCGAGCACCUGUCUCGGCAAGCCGCCUGUUCCUGGGGGAGAUAAGGUGAAAGUGGUUCUGACAAGAUGAAAGGCUUCAGGCAAAGAGUGCACGAGCAGUUGUCGAGAGCGAAGGAUUCAAAUAAAUCUUCGAAAAAGAAGGACUCGAGUUCGGCUACAGCAUCCCCGCUCUCGACUUCAUCGACCGUUGCCGGUGGUGAUUCAAAGUCGCCGAACAGCUCUAACGCUGCCACCCCGAGUUCCUCGACUACGAACGUGACUGACGUACGGGCCAAAAAUGCCAACAACGAGGGUGCCACGGGCGGACAUGCGAACACUCUUCAGCCUGGAGCGCAUACAGUAGGGUCAAGCCCUGGGAGCCAACAUUACAUACAACAAAGCUCUGCCCAUGGAGCUGGUGGGCCCGCAACUCCCGGCAGACAAGGCGGACAUCUUGCCCCGAGUGUCAUCAUAAGCCCAAGUGCUCCUCACAUACCGCAACCAGGCGCGACCGAGACCAUGCCGGGCGACCUCGCGCCGCCGAAAGCAGGCCAAAAGUCUCUACUUUUCGACCGCCUCCAAUCGACACCUAAAGAUGUGGCCGAGGGAAUCCGGACACCGAAGAGACAGCACUCAUCUCGGUUUGACGUUUCAGAUCAGCGCUCUCGGGAGUUGGAAAAGUUACCCGGCUUCCACGAAGUGCCUCCGAAUCGAAGACAAGAGUUGUUCAUGCAGAAAAUUGAUCAGUGCAAUAUCAUCUUCGAUUUCAAUGACCAGACGGCGGACAUGAAGUCCAAAGAAAUCAAGCGACUAGCUCUGCACGAGUUGCUGGAUUAUGUCGCCAACAACCGAUCGGUCAUCACGGAACCAAUGUACCCAAAGGUUGUGGAGAUGUUCAGCAAGAAUUUGUUCCGACCGGUUCCGCCUCCUGUCAACCCUCAAGGUGAGGCCUUUGAUCCGGAAGAGGACGAGCCAGUGCUCGAAGUUGCCUGGCCUCAUAUCCAGGUUGUCUACGAGUUUUUUCUGCGCUUCAUCGAAAGCCAAGAUUUCAAUACCAACAUCGCCAAGCAAUACAUUGAUCACCACUUUGUCCUUCAGUUGCUCGAACUUUUCGACUCUGAAGACCCUCGAGAACGGGAUUUCCUGAAGACCACUCUUCACCGUAUCUACGGCAAAUUUCUGAACCUCCGCUCAUACAUCCGGAGAUCCAUUAACAAUGUCUUCUUCCAGUUCACCUACGAGACGGAGAGAUUCAAUGGGAUUGCGGAACUCCUGGAGAUCCUGGGGUCCAUCAUUAAUGGCUUUGCACUCCCACUGAAGGAAGAACACAAAUUGUUCUUGACCAGAGUCCUUCUUCCACUGCAUAAAGUCAAGAGUCUCAGCAUGUACCACCCACAGCUGGCUUACUGUAUCGUUCAAUUUCUGGAGAAGGACUCGGCAUUGACGGAAGAGGUCGUUCUCGGUCUCCUCCGUUAUUGGCCGAAGGUCAACAGCACGAAGGAGGUGAUGUUUCUCAAUGAAGUCGAGGAUAUCUUCGAAGUCAUGGACCCACAAGAGUUUGCCAAAGUUCAAGAGCCUCUCUUCAACCAGUUGGCAAAGUCUGUCGCUAGCCCCCACUUUCAGGUUGCCGAACGUGCUCUCUAUUUCUGGAACAACGAGUAUUUCUGCAAUCUCGUUAGUGACAAUGUUGAGACCAUCCUCCCGAUCAUGUUUGCUCCGCUGUACGAAAAUUCCAAGGGCCACUGGAACCGAACAAUCCACGGCAUGGUUUACAAUGCAAUGAAACUCUUCAUGGAGAUCAAUCCGCAGCUCUUUGACGAGUGUUCCCAUGAAUACAAUGAGCUUCAAAAUACUGCAGCACAGCGCGAGAAAGAACGCGAAGCGAAGUGGGCAAAGCUCACCGAGCAAGCCAACAAAAACAGAGAAAAACUCGCAAAACCACCGUCGACUCCCACAAUCAAGGAAAUUCCGGAGACAGAUGCCACGCAAGACAAUCAAGAGAGACUGGAUGCUCUGAAACUGCAUGAUGAGUCGACGUCUUCCAAGCCGUCUACAUGACCUUGAUGACUCUUUCUAACAUCCCGUGCGAUACUUCAGAGGCGACGAGCAGAUUCACAUGGCCACACACGAGUUCGUCGGUCUAAUAGCGGCUCUGACGGGAAGUCCAGAAGGCAUCGUGCUCAGUCCGGCUCGUCGGUUGAUCUACAUCGGAAGACCCCACAUGUGCACCGGCGUGGCAGUGGAACCUCACAGCAUUGAGUCCGUGUAUCUGCUGUACAAUAAGCUCUCGUGGGUUCCAGUGCACUCGGCCGGGGAUGAAUAUGGCCCUCUGAGCGACCUUCGACUUUGUGUGAUUUUUGUGUAUUCCGUACUGGCAGGCCUCUAGCGUCGCUUUCGCCAACGUCGGCAUUUGGGUGGGCAAUGUUGGCUUCUAGGGUAGCGGUAGGAAUGGGGUUACGGGGCCUCAGAUUGUGGCCUCCCGCAUGAUGAUACGUGCAAUGUGGCUAAACAGGAUUUGGAGGCAUCAGGAGAGGUGCGUUGCGCAUGGAGCUAAUGGAAUUUGUUGGUGUGACGAUGAGAAAGAAUACAUAUUUCGUGGAGGGGCCUGUUCUAUGUUGAAGGUAGAGCCUGGCAAUGCCAGACUCGCAUUGUCGGCAGCGAAUCUCAAACUUUGUCCCCUG